GGAGAAUUAGUGUGGAGAAAAGGUCCCGAAGGCAGAGCAGAGCAGAGCGUGAGGAGGGAGGGGACUGGAGGAGAAUCGGUUUCGGAGAAAGGUCCCGGGAAGAGCGGAGAACGGAUCCAGGGGGAGAACUGGUGAUCAAGAAAUAUCUCGGAGGGAGAGGGACCGGGGGAGAAUUGGUGACGGAGAAAGGUCCGUGGGAGGAGGCAAAGUCAGGGAGAGAGAAGCAAAGUAAGUUUUGAGUGCAGGAAAGUUAAGGAUAGAGGGAAGAGAAAACAAAGGGAACGUGUAAAUCCGAGAGCGAGGAGGAGGAGAGAGCGAAGGGAGGGGACGGGUGAACUAGCGAGGCCCGGCCAUGGAAGCGGCCUCGGCCCUGGACAAGGCUCCGGCCGAGCUCUCGGUCACCGACGUGUACGACAUCGCGGCGCUGGUCGGCCAGGAGUUCGAGCGCAUCAUCGACGCUUUCGGCUGCGACGCCAUCGCCAAGCUGCUGCCCAAAGUGGUUCGGGUGCUGGAGAUGCUGGAGGAGUUGGUGAGCCGCAGCCGCAGCAACCCCGAGCUGGAGGAGCUGCGGCUGGAGCUCGGCCGGCUGCGGCUGGAGAGGAGCGAGCGCAUCGAGAAGGAGCGCAAACACCAGCAGGAACUGGUCCUGGUGGAGGAUGUGUGGCGAGGUGAAGCACAGGAUCUGUUGUCUCAGAUCGCACAGCUUCAGGAGGAGAACAAGCAGCUGAUGAAGAACCUCUCCCACAAAGACACUCAUUUCACCGACGAAGACAUCCUCAAGCAGGAAGCCGGGAUGUCAGAGAGGGAGCGGCUGGUGAUGAAGAAGCUGAAGGAGGUGGUUGACAAGCAACGAGAUGAGAUUCGAGCCAAAGACCGAGAACUGACACUGAAGAAUGAAGACGUGGAGGCAUUGCAGCUGCAGCAGAACCGCCUGAUGCGGAUUAACCACGAACUGCGGCACAAGAUGUCGGUGAUUGACGCGCAGGGCAAGGGGCUGAUCGAGCAGAAGGUGGAGCUGGAGACUACGCUGCAGACCAAGGAGCAAGAGAUGGGGAACAUGCGUGUGGAGAUCGGAAAGCUGAGGGAGAGGUGCCGGGGGCAGCCCACGCACAAUGGAGAACAGGGAGGGCAGAAUACUGAGAUCCUGGGUGAGGAGGACAUGCAGUCGGACAAGACGCCAACGGACCUGAAUGACCCAAACCGCCCGCGUUUCACGCUGCAGGAACUGAGGGAUGUUCUCCACGAACGCAACGAGCUAAAGGCCAAACUCUUCCUGCUGCAGGAGGAGAUGGCAUUCUACCGCAGUGAGGAACAGGAGGAAAACACGGGCUCCUCGAACUCUGCGCCUGCGCCCUCACCUCCGCCUCAGCCCAGGGCAGCCACCCAUCCCGAAUCUGGCAUCCGCAGGCUGAUCUUUACUGCCAUCAUGCCGAUGGUGGCCGCUGGUUUGAUUCCAGACGAUCCCACAUUGCAGCCACUCAGAAGACUUGUUCCCCUAAUUUAAUUUAUUUUCGCGGGACAAGCGGACAGAGAAUCGCCUACGACAGGCUGGAACUUGGGGGAUUUCUGAACAGGAAGGGAUUCUCACGGAACAGGGCCAGGAGGCGCUGCAGCAUCUAUAAACAUAACCCCAGAUUCGUCAGGCGUGUAUAACCCCCCCCCCCCCGGCAGUUCAAAAAAUCCAAAAGCCACUUUGCUUCAUUUCAGUUUUGAGAAGAACUGAUAACUGACUCUGUUCACACAUCUAACCGAAUGAGUGGUUGGAGACAACGUUCUGCGCUGGUGAACUGUUGUAAUCUAAUCUCUAACCUGUGUUGGGAAAAGGUUAAUUAGUGUGAUCUGAUGGCAUUGGAAUUGUAACAAUACUUUCUAAUCUGCAGUGUUAUAUACCGAAUCCAACAGCUUUUUACCUCUGAAUUAUACAGCUUCUGCCUUCUAACCAUGUGAUAGGUGAGGACUUGCACUGUCUUUCUUACAUUACACAUUGAUAUUUUGGAAUCUCUACAAAGGGACUUCAGGGACGUGUCCAGAGUUCCUGGGUGAUUAGGAGGAACGAAAAUAUAAUUUUUCAGCAGUCUCUUCUGCCCUGGUCAUUUGAAUCAAAGUGAGGUUGUCGGCUGUCAGGGUUAACUCCGAUAAGAGAAGCUGGUCUUUGUAAUACCCAGGAUAUCCUGUGCGUGCACCCAGUCAGCUGGUGUCUGCAGGCUGACGACUGAGAGAGAGGCCAGAGUGAAUCCAGCAGAUGAACCUGUGGAAAACCACAAUGGCAGGCGGCAACUUGGGACUCCAGCUGUCAGCUGCACUCUUCAGAUUCAGAUUAAUUCAGCCUUCUCCACUGCGGUUGGGUGGGACUACAACCAGGCGUCAUGGGUUAAGGGUGAAAGGUGAAAAGUUAAAGGGAACAUGAGGGAAAACUUUUUCAUUCAGAGGGUGGUGAGAGUGUGGUUCGAACUGCCAGCGCAAGUGUGCAUGUGAGCUCAAUUUCAACGUUGAAGAGAAGUUUGGAUAGGUACAUGGAUGGUAGGGGUAUGGAGGGCUAUGGUCUCAGUAGGCAGUUUUGAAUGGUUCAGCAUGGACUAGAUGGGCCGAAGGGUCUGUUUAUGUCAUACUUUUCUGUGUACAUUUCACUGUGCAGCGAAAUGUAUUAUCUGUGUUCACAGCCAAUACAACUUCAGGAUGUGCUGGGGGCAGCCCGCAAGUGUCACCACACAUUCCGGCAUCAGCACAGCCCAUGGUGCUCCACGGGAAACCUGAAGCCGGUUAAGGCAGUGGUUAGAUUUCUCCCCAUUAACUCUAGAGAUAAAAUGGCCCCUUUUCAUGGUUUAGCACGUGAUUCUUCAUGCCCCUGAAUAAAGUCAGCAAAAUAUUUGGUGCUGUAACUACAUUCUCAUGUGGUAUUCCCUAACUGGAGAGCAUCUUGAAGUGCGUUCCCCUUACACUGAUUUUCUUUGGGUGUGUUCAGACAGUGACUGCAAUACAGUCCUAAUGUGUAGGACUUGAAUCUCUCUGCCAAGCCAGGCUGUUCAAAGUGUGCAUAGGUUUAGUUGGUGAUAAAGAUUGUCCAUUCUGAGUGCCAAGUGGGCAAAUUGUAAGCAGAUACAUCAAAGUUGCUGGUGAACGCAG